CUCAUCUAUCAAAAAGAGAAUGUGCUUCUCACUGCAUGGAGUACUGCUGUCCAGGACAUCUGUCAAAUCAUCACCACAAUCAUGAUUGUCAUUCGUGUGGCAGUAAUUGCUGUGACAGUCACCAACACGACAGCGGACACACUGACCAUACAGCUCAGUGGACAGACUAUGGCGCAUGCAGUGAGACGUGCGGACAGGGAACGCAAACUCGAUAUUGUACAGGCCAAUGUAUCCACGACUACGAGAUAAGAGUCUGUGAUGGCCAAAAAUGUGCAGUGAAUGGAGGGUGGGGCACCUGGUCAACCUGGUCUUCAUGUUCGGCUAGUUGUGGAACAGGAAACAAACACCGUACCCGCGUCUGUGACAAUCCCAAACCACAACAUGGGGGCCAUGGCUGCCAUGGAAACAAUAUAGACACAGAAUCGUGUGCCUUCAACCAGUGUCCAAGUGAGUAAAGUAAUGUAAAUGUUCCGAAAUGAAGCGCUGCACUCA